AAGAGUUUCAGGUUAAGAACGGACCUCCAGAACGAAUUAAAUUCUUAACCAGAGGUACCACUGUAUAAGAGAACAAGCAAGGUGUUCACGGUGAGUUCCGGCACCUCUUUUUCUAGAAAAAUAGCAUGUAGGCUGCAAUUCCAGAGACAUUUACUUUGGAGUAAGUCUCAUCAAGCUCAGUGGGAUUUAUUUUCGAGUGGAUAUGUAGAAGAUUUUGUGAGAGCUCUCUUUCCUCUUCCGGCGCAGCUCCAAGAUGGGCAAGUUUAUGAAACCAGGGAAAGUUGUCCUUGUUGGGUGCUACGCUGGAUGCAAAGCUGUUAUUGUUAAGAAUAUUGAUGAUGGCACCUCUGACUGCCCCUACAGCCACGCUCUGGUGGCUGGCUUCCAUCGCUACCCACGCAAAGUGACGGCCAGCAUGGGCAAGAAGAAGAUUGCCAAACCUUCCAAGUCCUUUGUGAAGGUCCCCAAUUACAACCACAUGAUGCCUACCAGGUACUCUAUCGGCAUUCCCCUUGACAAGACUGUUGUCAACAAGGGUGUCUUUAGGGACCCUGCACUGAAACGUAAAGCCCGACAAGAGGCCAAAGUGAAAUUUGAGGAGAGAUACAAGGCAGGCAAAAACAAGUGGUUUUUCUUGAAGCUCCGAUUCUGAGUGGCAUGCAUUUGCACCAAUAAAUAUUUUUGAAAAGUGCCCGCCCCCUCCCAAGACUGCACUGUUCCACUGAAAUCAUGACUAGCUUGGUUUCAAUGGGACUCAUAUUCAACUAACUGAAAUGGUACAGCCAUGCAACACAUUGGAUGUAUUUAUUAUAUUCCUUUGGUUUGUCAACUGCCAGAAAAUUAUCUGGAGGGUUCAGUAAUCCCUCACAUUGAUAACUUUCUUUUGGGUGGCUGCCAGCAGCUCCCAUGGCCAGUUGUCCAGGAACAUACAAAGACAAGG